UAGAGGGCGAGAUAUGCACCCAUGGUGCCACAAGAAGAACACGAAGAAGGCAGCGAAGGUAACUUGACUUUCAUGUGGACAGCUCAUCUGAUGGAUGUGAUGUGGAUCCAUAACUGUUUAAUGCUUACAAUUACUUUCAAUUUGGAAAUCUUACAGAUCCUGUGAGUCUUCAACCCCAGUUCUCCAUUGGAUAGCCUGAUAGUACCAGCUUUUGUUGAUCCUUGUUGACCUCGUCCUACACCUACACUAUGAAAGACCCAAAGAUUAAAGAUGACACUCCCAACACCCUGUCUAACAGAGACACCAUCGACCUGCCUGAUGAUGCCUCUUUGAGUGAAUCAGAUCCUGAAGAGUCCGUAGAGGCCUUCAGCAGAAAGGUGGAGGAACUGUCUUCUUCCUCUGAUGAGGAGGUCGUUCAGCCUGCCAGCCAAGUUUCUGAAUCUUCAUCUUUCAGGUUGGCUGGUGGAAGUUUGGGUUUCUCGUACCGCAGCAGGAACAUCUUUGAUCAGCUGGAUGGUGCUGUAAAACUCAAUUCAACCCCCUUGGCUGAAGACAACAUCAUGGAUGGUACUUUCGCUCGGCCCGCUCCACCAUCACCCCCUCAGUCUGCUCCCAUGAAAUCUGGUGAACCAGACAAAACCAAGAAAGCUUCAUCAGCCAAGAAAGUACCAGAUUACCUGAUUCACCCCGAGCGCUGGACCUGCUACAACCUGGACGACACUCCUGAAACCAGUGAUAGACAAAACAGCCAGGUGGCCCUUCAGUUCAUCCAGGGAUUACGGGACCGUAAGAGAAGCCUGGACGCCGGUGCGGAUUCUUUCAGCCCCAACUUUAAUCAAGGCCUCAGCAGCAGCUCUGAGCACAAGAUUAUCUUCUCCAAGCCCAGUCAAGCCUCCAAAGAUGAAGGUCCGAGCCCACAGAAGCUGGAGCGAGCUAAAGUGAAAGAGCUUGAUUUGAUCCAUUUAGAUGCUGGCCAAGAUGAGGAGGAAGAUAGAAAAACAGCUUCUGCUCAACCAGAACAUGAUAGAAAGGAGAAAAGACAGAGGAUGUCAGAGGAGAAAGAUGACCAAGAAAAAGAAAGGGCUGGUGACCCUACCUUCCAUAGCGGCAAGAAGGUGAACCGCAAGAAUUUCCGCAAAGCAGUUGAGGAAGAGGAUGAGGGCUAAACGUUUUUGAGCUUAUACUGCAGUAUCUAUAUCGUCUGAUCUUCUGUGUGUAUAUGACAUGAUUGGGAAUUGUGUGUUCUGUUUUCAAUUAAAAUAAUUUAAUAAA